GCUACAGUGGUUGGGAUGGCAUACCUGAGCGAGUGUCGCCUGCGACUGGAGAAAGGCUUUAUCUUGGACGGAGUGGCUGUGAGCACCACUGCCCGCGCUUAUGGGCGCUCUAGGCCCAAGCUGUGGUCAGCGAUUCCGCCCUACAAUGCGCAGCAGGACUACCACGCCCGCAGCUACUUCCAGAGCCACGUGGUUCCGCCCGUUUUGCGGAAAACUGAUCAGGAUCAUGGCGGUACAGGAAGGGAUGGCUGGAUAGUAGACUAUAUCCACAUCUUCGGGCAAGGACAGAGAUACCUCAACAGGAGAAAUUGGGCAGGGACAGGGCAUUCUCUCCAGCAGGUGACUGGGCACGACCACUACAAUGCUGAUCUGAAACCAAUCUAUGGGUUCAAUGGAAGGUUUGGCUACCGCCGGAACACUCCAGCCCUCCGUCGGAGCACGUCCGUCUUUGGAGAGGUCACCCACUUCCCUCUGUUCUAACAGCAUCUUUUCCCUUCCUAACCAUCGACCUGAAUUUCUAAGACAAAUGUUUAGAUGAACUCUUAAUGUGUUUUUACGUUAAAAAAUUUAAUUUGUGUCUCCA